AUGCAAGACCUUAUUCUCGAACUGACCGAGGAAUUUGUGCCUUCGGAUUUGCAAGAACGUCUACGUGAUCAACUCUAUCAUAAAGUUACAGACAUGAGCGAGUUGGGCAAGAUCACUUACUUCACACGUGGAAUUAUGAGUCCUACGCGCGAAGAAGUUCAAUACCGUCGCUGUAAAAUCAAGUACCGUCCUCCGGUCUUCUCGCUGGACCGAUCACGCCUGCACACGAACGGUAACCAGCAACAACAAUCUGCAUCCGCACGUCCUCAAGAGAACGAACCCGAGCCAAUAGAAAUUGACUCAGAGAGUACCCAAUACCGCCGUUCUUCUCCACCAACCUCUUCUUCCCGCAAGAAGAGUCGAUACUGCAAGAAGCCUGGUCAUGUCAUUGAACAGUGCUUCGAGCUAAAGAGCAAGGAGAAGUACACUCGGCAGAACCGCCAUGAACAAUCUGCUGCAAACUUCGAUUCUUCUUCUCCUGCCGCCGCUACCAAUGUGUCUACUUCAAAUUCAGUCACACCUUCAAGUGACGAAGAAGAAGUUGUUGAAGUGGAAGAAUUUUCCACCUCUACUUUGCCAACCGUGCAUAGGGAAAACGAACUCAUUCGUAAACAACGGACUUGUGAAGGGAAACCUGUCGUCAUUAUGUUCGACAGUGGUGCCAAAUGCAAUGUUGUUCGUCUAGGGCAAGUCAACAAUAUGUCUACCUCGGGAGUUUCACAAGUCACCCGUUUUGAUGAAACUUCUACGAGAGCUCGUUCUGUAAAGAAAUGUAUCGCCACCAUAGGUUUUGGUCGCUAUCGUUUCCGAAAGCUUCAGGUUAUGGAAUGGCCGUUAGAAUCCGCACAUGAUGUCAUCUUAGGAAAACCUUGGUUUACCAAGUUCCAACCUAACAUCGAUUGGCGAUCGCAUGAGUUUUUCUUUCCGUCCAUGCGUAAUGCACCACCAACGCCACCCCAUUCCCUCAGGAAGCCGUGGAAAUUGCCGCUAUUGAUUUCAAACGCAAAAUCAAGACAAAGGCUUACGGCGAAGUGUAUCGAGUGA